UGUAUUGCCUCGAUAGCUUCAAAUAUGGUAGUCCUCAAUUUCACUUUGAUCUGUAUGGGUAGGGAGUAUAAUGAGUUUCAUAUUAUCUUCUUGCAGACAAAUCCGCUUGAUUUGGAGAAUAGAGGCCCAUACGACUACUCACAAUCUGAAAAAUCAUAUUUGAUGUGGGCAGUAGCUGUUGGUACACUGGUCGCCGCCUGGCCAUUUCAUUGGUUCUACCAAAAAUAUGGGGCGAGAUCAGUAUUUUUUACUGCUGGUGUCAUCUCAACGGUGGCUACAGUGGUUAUGCCCUUUAUGGCAGCCCAUACGUGGAUCGGGCUUCUCGUAGCACGAUUUUUUCAGGGAGUGUCAUUCGGUGCUGAUUUUGCUGCUAUUGGCUUGAUCGUUGUAAACUGGGCUUCACUGAAGCAACAUGGUUUCUUCAUUUCGCUGUUGUCAUCGUUCUCACAAAUUUCAGUGAUGUUUACUAUGCCGGUGGCUGGUGAGCUAUGUGAAUCAUCAUUUGGAUGGCCUUCUGUCUACUAUGUUCAUGCGGCGCUCAGCGCUGUGUUAUUCACUGCUUGGUUCUACUAUUACAGAGAUAACCCGGUAAAGCACCCGUCGAUGACAGAAAUUGAGCUGGAAAAGAUACAUCGUGGCAAGGGAGAAAUCAAAGAACAUGAGUCAACUCCAGUUAAGGAAAUUUUGACAAAUCAUAUAAUGUGGUCCGUGUGGUUAUCAGCUUUCGGUGAGCUUAUGAUGUCUCAGUUCAUUGUAAUGUAUGGUCCUACGUAUCUCAAAGAGGUUCUCGGAUUUCGAGUUGCCCAUACCGGUUAUUUUGUUGCCGUUCCUCGUGCUCUUCACUUGAUGUUCAAAAUAAUUAGUGGAAUUGCU